AUGUCUAACAAUCAACAACACGAAGAAUAUACAAUUUUAACAACAGGCUCAAACAACCGUGGUCAAAUGUCACAACCUCAUCUUACAUUUACACCGCCCACUCAAGUAUUUCGAUCUGAAUGGCAACGGUUUCCAGAAUUUCAUGCUUGGUUGCGGCCAAUUGAUGGGGAUGUAACAAAAGCUUGGUGCAUUGCAUGUGAACGAAUGUUUCGUGCUGAUUUAAAAUCUUUACGGGUUCAUGGUGUAAGUAAAGCUCAUGUGCGUAUGGUGCGUGCUCGUUGUCCUAAUGCAGAUGACAAUCCUAUACCACCAAUUGAGUAUAAUGUAGUGACUGACAAAAAAGGAACUUACGGCAUAGCUGUAGUGACUAAUAAGGAAGAUAAAUCUUCACUUGGAUCAAGAGCAUUAUAUAUGAAUCAAACAAAUCCUACUGAAGAAAUAAUUACAUCUGAAAUGGCUGCACAGUCACAACGAGACAAAUAUGUUGUGGUAUCAUUACCCAACGAAGAUGAUGAUGACAAUGAAGGUCCACAAGCUUCUAGCUCAAAUACUCAAUACAUACAAAAAGAAGUGAAUGUAAUCGACGAGACUGGUAAUUUGGUGUCUGUGGUUACUGAACAUCAUGUACAAAAAAAUAAAGACAAUGAUGAUGAUUAUGAAGUGGGUCUUCAAUCAAAUGACUAUCAUAGCACAUCUAAUUAUGAAAAAAUGGACCAAAAACAUGAUGAAAUCCAAUGCAAAGCUAUUGUUUCCAAACCUGCUCCAUUUUGGAAAGCCACAGCUGUUGUUAAUGGUCAUGUGACAGAGUUAAAAUUAAGUGACUACAGUGGACGUUAUUUAGUCCUAUUUUUUUAUCCUCAAGAUUUUUCCCGUAUUUGUCCAAGUGAGCUGAUUGCUUUAAGUGAUAGAGUAUCUGAAUUUAGGGCACUAAAUACUGAAGUAGUUGCAUGUUCUGUGGAUUCAUAUCUUUCCCACCAAGCAUGGUCUCGUACAUUGCGCUCUGAUGGAGGCAUUGCCAUACCUAAAAUGCCACUACUAUCUGAUCCAACACAUGUCAUUAGUAAAAGUUAUGGAUGUUAUUUAUCAGAACUUGGCCAUUCUCUCAGAGCUCAUUAUAUAAUAGAUAUGAGGGGUAUUUUAAGACAUGUGACAAUUAAUGAUCUACCCGUAGGCCGGAAUAUCAGUGAAAUAUUAAGACUUUUAGAAGCUUUUCAAUACACUGAUGAAACAGAAACAUUAUGCCCUGCUGAUUGGAAGCCUGGCGAUGCAACUAUAUCAUAA